AUGGCUGAUGAUCACUCAACUGAAUUACAGUUAAAUCAUACAGAUAACAACACAACCAAUACAAAUAAUACCUCCACAACCUCAACAACAAAAAACAAAAGUGCAAAAAUCGACACACCUAAAAAACAAACCCCAACAAACCAACUCUCACUAAACAAAGGACUUGAUAAUCAAUUAGAUAUCAUUGCACCUCCAUCAAUCACAAGACCACUCUCUUUCUUAGAAAAAAACAAUAACACCAUCAACAUUAAGUGUUACUUUAAUCAACCACACAUCCGUGAAGAAUUAACCUCAAAAGAUGACACAAGAAUUCAACAAAUUCACAAAAACAUUCACAAACUCUUCGAAGAUAUACUGUCGCCAUCAGCAUUUAAAAUAAUUGGUGCAACUGCCUUCGUAAAUUGCAACGUUGAUAAAUUAACUUCAAUAAUCAACCUUCAAAACCAACUUGCACUAAAUAUCGACAAACUCAACUAUAGAUUCGAUAUAUCAUCAAAUGAUUAUGCAAUCAUUAAAACAUUCAUUAAAACGUACUCACCCAAACAUGCAAACGAUGCAAUUACAAACAACCUCACUAAAUUCACCAGUUGUACAUCAAUUGAAUCAUUUACUGUCACAUACUCAUAUGCUGUUGCGUUUAAAAGUUACAUUAUAACAUAUCAUCUAAUUGAUCACACACACAACAUUGUUGAUCAAAAGAUCGAACAACCAUCUGGGAUAAAAUACAUGAGAAUCGAUCCCUUGGUCUUUUUAAAAAUAGACUAA